AUGUGGGUGCUUAUACUGAUCUACUGGGUCCACUUUCGAAUGAAGGAAUCACUACCGGUGGAUAUCAAAUCACUAAGUCGGAAGACAGGCGUUGCGUGUCAGGUGCUUCGAGCACUGCAACAAACCAUUAUUGGCAUGACGGCCGCAUCCGAAACGGACUUGGAGUGGCAGAACACAUGCACUCGAUUUUCGACUGGAUAUGCAGCGCUGGACUCUGCAUUGUAUGGAGGAUUUGAGUUUGGCCAAAUUAUUGAAAUAUACGGGUGCACUGAGAAAUCACAGUUUGUCUUACAAACCAUGGCAUCGUUUCUUCAAGAGCAUCCGGAUGCAGUAGUCCACCACAUUGACACUUUGGGCACCUUUCAACCUCGGCGGAUCGGGGAUCAAAGCCAACAGGCAAGUUGUUAUAUAGACAUGCAAGGUGUAUUGUGA